UCUCAUUUAAAAGUUUAUAAUUUGACGCGUUAAUGGUAUUGUCCAUACCGAAGCGCAUCCACUUCAUGUCCAUGCUGUCUCUGCCACGCUUAAAACUGAAGUUCGCUUAUCAUUUGUAUUGGCUACAAGCAAAGAAGUGAAAGAGCCCAGAAAGAUGCCAGCUGUACUGAACCUCAACAAUGAAGUGGUGAAGAUGAGGGCAGAGGUGAAGAGGGUGAGGACGCUUGUCAUCAGGAAGCUCACUCGUCAAAUUGCCGCGCUGAAGAAAAAGAAAGGGAGCGAAGCUGAUCUUCAGAGGAACCAGAGAAGAGUGUCGAGAUUUCUGGAGGAGAUCCACGAGUUAAAGAUACUAUCACCCGACACCGUCACCAAAACCGCGCUCCAGAAGGACAUCAGUUUUGAAAAAGUCGUUCAGAACAAAGACGCUAGCAUUUCAGAACGGGCCGUCGCUCGAAUUGCCACACACCCGCAGUUCAGCAAAAAGAUACAGAGUUUAAAGGAUGCCGUCAAAGCCUUUAAAGAUGAAAGGAUAAACACUGUAGAGACUGAGAAAAAAGGGGAAAAGGAAUGUGGGGGCUCUACUGAACAGCAAGUUGAACUGCCUAAGGUCAGCGAUGGUGAGGGAGGAGAAAAAGUAAAGGAGGGCACAUCGGUAGAAAAGGUGUCAACAGAGAGAGAGAACAUACCAGAGGAAGUGGUAAGGAUGAGGAAACCUGUUAAGAGGCUGUGCAUACUGCUGAUCCAAAAGCUCACCGCUCAGGUUGCUGUUUUAAAAGAGAAGAAAGGUAAAGAACCUGUGGAGAAGGAAAACCAGGCUCCAGUAAAAAGGCUCCAGGAAGAGAUACAAAUUUUGAGGACAAUCAAACCAGACUGUGUAACUAAAACUGCCCUUGAUGAAGCCAUCGAUCUAGUGAAGGUGCUCCAGGACCCAGAUGCUAGUCCACUGGAGCGAGUUACUGCACGAAUUGCUACUCACCCACAAUUUGUCAGUAAACUGCAGAAUGUUAAGGAGGCCAUUGGAAAGGAGAGGAGAAAAUCUGGGGAGGCUGAACAAAAGAGGGAAGGGGAAGAAGAGGUCAGUCUGCAGUUAAAGGAUGAAGGUAAUGAUGAGGAGGUAGCAGAUGAGGAUGAUGACAGUUCCGAGACGGAAAACGAGGAGGGUGAUGAAGAUGAUGAGAGAGGGAAAGAGGAUGAGGAACAGGAUAGUCACCACUCUGAAGAGAUGCAGAAGUCCUCUAUUGCUGAACAAACAAAAGAGACAAAUACUGUUGUUAAGGAAUUAUCAUUGAUAAAAGAAGGUACCACUCAAUCAGAGAUUAAAAAUCAAACGGCCUUAGUGACUCCUGUAAAACAGGGAAACCGACCUGAAACUGCCCUGAAAGUAGACGGGGCUGAAGAGCUGCUUACAAACAAAAAAGAAGCACCAGCAAAGAAACAAGUUCAGGAGAAAACUGCCCUCCAGAAAAGAGAAGACGACAAACCCGAAACCAAGAAUCCUGAAAAUAAGGAUAGGAAUCUAGAGGAAGAGAGUGAUUUGGAGUCCUCUGGUGAUGAGGAAGAGAAGGAAUACUUUGAUGACAGCACAGAAGAACGUUUUCGCAAACAGUCAUCCCAGUCUGAGGAAAGCGAUGAAGAUGACUUCUUUCUUGGCAAAGUGAGCAAAUUCAAGAAGAAGAAGAAGAAAUCAGAUUCAGGCCCAAACGAGGAGAAAAGGGGUGAAGUAAAAAAGGCUUCCAAAAUGGAGGAUGAAGAAGAGGAUGAAGACACACCACAGGACUUUAAACCAUCCAAAUUAAAGUCAGUCUUCUGUUCCAGUCUGUCCAGAACUAACAGUGGUCCUCAAAAACCACAGCGAGGCUUCAGCAAAGGAGGUCCAAAAGCAUCUCGCUUCCAGAACCAAAAAAGUCAUCCAGAUGGAGAUGCAAAAGCCUCCUGGUACAAAAACAGAGGCCCUGGUCCUGAUAAAAAACCAUCACCAUCAACCUUCCACAGCCAAACCUAUGGACCAAGUAGUUCAGGACACAGGGAAAGAGGCCCUGUGGGAGCAGGGAGAGGCAGGCCGACUUUUGAAAGGCAACAGCAGCACCGAGUUCCACCUGGAAAGAUCCCUAACCCUCCCCAUCGCCCACAGCAGUCCCAGGCUCUCCAUCCCUCAUGGGAAGCCAGCAGAAAGAGGAAAGAGCAACAGAGCCAGAUCACAGCUUUCCAAGGAAAAAAGAUCAAGUUUGAUGAUGAUGACGAUUAACUUGAGAGACUAACACCCCCUGGUAUCAGGGAUUUGUAUGAAAAUGCGCAUCAGUCGCAUGAGUCAUAAAGGAUUGUUCAUCAUAAGAUCAGAGUUGUACAAAUGAAUUUACAUGUGGUACCAGGUGACCACCAAGCAUUGCUGCAUGUUAUUUCUCUCUGUACCACUGUGUGUUUUCAAA